GAUGCAAAAAAUCUACACACUUCAGCUACCGGACAAAACUCAACAAUGGAGAGAGCAACACCUGUACGAAAGCCACCACACCUCCACCGUCCAUUUGCUGACGUGGACGGAGGUCCCGCCGGAGAACAACUCCCCCUCUCCACUGCCGCCUCUGCAAUGUCUCUCGCUCCGGCGAUCGUUCUCCACCACCGGCGACCAAUUCCCACAGUUUUCGACCGUAAAUGUUUUGAUUGUUACACAACAACAAGCUAUUGAUUCAAGCGAAGAGCAUUAUUUUUAUUUUUUCCAUUAUUACUCAGUUCUGUCUCAAUAUUACACGUAUUUGUUCUACCAAUUAUUGUCAAUUGCUAUCCUUGACUGGUGAGAGGAUUGCUGGUCUGCUACAGGGGCUAUAGUUAUUUUUCUGAAAAAAAUAAAAAAAACAAUAGUGAGAACUUUUGAAAAAUAAAAAGAGUAUUCUGGAAAUUUUUUUAAUCACCCAGAAAUGUCGAGGCUAGUGGCACAUGAUCGGGUUAAUGAACCCGCCCCUUUAGCAAUAGGCCACCAUAUUUGCUUGCAGAAUCUUUUUUUUAAUUAUUAUUUAUUAUUCGUCUUUUCCUCUUCUUGAGCCAAACCUAGGCAGAGAUAAGGUCUGCAUAUACAAUACCCUUCCAGAUCCACUAGUGGGAUUUUACUGGAUCAUUGAUAUUGUUAUAUUUAUUUAUUCAAGCCAUAAACCCAGGGUAUGCUGCCCUAUGGUGGUGGGUUUUGGCCAUCAAAAUUUAGUGGCAGGUAACCAAGCAAGCUAAUAUGAAUUUAGAGUUUCUGAUUAACCAGCUACUCCCUCCAUUUCGACUUUGAUGAUAUAGUUUGACUUAACAUAUUCUUUUCUAAUAUUAUUGUCGAGUCGAGGAUCUCCCAAAAACAGCCUCUCUACCCCUCCAAGACAGGGAUAAGGUCUGCGUAUACUCUACGCUCCCCAGAUCCAACUAGUGGGAUUUUAUUGGGUGGUAGUUGUUGUAGUUUGACUUGACACAAAGUUUAAGGGAUAAAAAGAUAACUUUUGUAAAAUAUGUGGUGCUAAAAGCUUAGGGUGCAAAAGUUUAGUGGGUCAUGAUAUUUGUGUAGUUAUAAAAGCUUGUGUAGAAUGGAAAGUUUAAAGUUAAAUUUAUUUUUAAAUAUAGAAAUGUAUAAUUCUUUUUGGAAUACAUUAAUAUGGAAAAUGUGUCAUUUAAAUUAAAAAGAGAAAGUAAUUAUUGAUUAAGCCAGUGAUUGUCAUCCGGUUUUUAUAAAAUCAAGUCUUUCUUUGUUUAAUAUAAAAUUAACUUGGUGGUAAUAUGAUUGCAGACACCAUUUCAAUCAGUCCAAGGUAUGCCAUCUUUCUUUGUCUUCCCACUUCUUUCUUUGACUUAUUAAUCUCUAAUCUCCAUUAAAACCAGCUAAGUGAAUGUACUAUAUAUAACCAACUUGAUUUGUCUUUGUCUUCCCACUUCUUUCUUUGACUUAUUAAUCUCUAAUCUCCAUUAAAACCAGCUAAGUGAAAGUACUAUAUAUAACCAACUUGAUUUGUAAUAUACUAACACCCAUGUGGUAUAAUAUUGUAUUUCCCUAAUUGAAGUUGUCAUCUCAUCCAAAUUAGUCAAAUCUUUAGUUCUUGUUUGCAAUUUACUUGGUAAUUUGUUUGCACAUACCAUUUGAGCUUUCAGGUCAUAAUUGGAAUAGAAUAGAUAUGGCUUAUGCUAGUAUUGCUUCUCUUAUGAGAAUGAUAGAACUACUCUUGACAUCCAAGUCGCCAAUGCAAUCUCUAAUUUGCGACCACAAAGAAGAAUUUCUCACUCUUCAGAGAAAAGUUAGUUCCUUGGAAGUAUUUCUCAAGAAUUUUGAGAAAAGCAAUGAUACUGAGAAAAUGGCAUAUUUGGAAGCGCAGAUAAAAGACGUCACAAAUGCUGUGGAACACACAAUUCAACUGAGACUAACAGAAGCUGUAAUGGCAAAUGAUGAAAUGCAUAAAGAAAAGGAACAUAAGAGGCUUUUUAAUAGCCUAAAACAAGUAGCAGAGGACAUUGAUCAUGUCCAGAAUGAGUCACCAAACAUUCAAGAUUAUAAUACGGUGAGCCAUUAUCAAAGGAAAUGGUUGCUGGAAAAACUGACACAAUAUGAUGGCUCGUCUGAUCUCAAAGUCAUCUCGAUCAUCGGGAUGGGGGGCAUCGGUAAAACGACUUUAGCAAAAGAAGUUUACGAUUAUGAAUCAAUUCGAUUUCAUUAUGAUGUUCGUGCCUGGACUACUGUAUCUCAACAGUAUAAUGUAAAAGAUAUCCUGGAAAGCCUUCUGCAUUCUACAAUGGGUAGCCAAUUUUACACAGAUGAUAAGUUAGAGCUAGCAGACAGGCUACGAAAAAGUUUAAUGGGUAAGAGAUAUUUAAUUGUCAUGGAUGACAUGUGGAACAGUAACGCAUGGGAUGACGUGAGACAUUGCUUUCCAUGUUGCAACAAUAGGAGUCGAAUAUUGUUGACUACCCGUAACAAAGAAGUAGCUUAUUAUGCUGGUACAGAGAAUCUUUCUUUGCAGAUGGACCUCAUGGACCCAGAUGAGAGUUGGAACCUUGCCAAAAGUAUGGUGUUUGUAAAUGAAGCAUUACCAUAUGAGUUCGAGACUAUUGGGAAGCAAAUUAUAGAGUAUUGCACAGGGUUACCACUAGCUAUUCUCGUGAUUUCUGGGCUUCUCUCCAGAUCUAAAAGGACAAUAGAAGAUUGGGAAAAUAUUGCUGAAGAUGUCGUGUCAUUUGUCACAAAAGAUCCAUAUGAACGAUAUCGACAUGUGCUUGGGUUGUGUUACAAUCACUUAACCAGUGACCUAAAAGCAUGCCUUCUGUAUUUUGGGAUUUUUCCAGAAGACACUGAGAUUUCGGUGAAGAGUUUGGUGAGAUUCUGGAUGGCUGAGGGCUUCCUGAAGUCAGAAAAAGACGUGGAAAGAGAGGCUGAGAAGUGCUUACAAGAUCUUCUCGACAGACAUCUAGUUCUUGUCUGGAAGAAAAGGUUGGAUGGCACAAAAAUUAGAUCAUGUAAGGUUCAUGAUCUAAUACAUGAGCUGUGCUUGAGAGAAUUAGCUCAAAGCCAAGACAUUUUUGUCAUGAAAGACAUUGUUUUUGAUAAAUCAUAUGAAGAUGAUGAUUUGGAUGAAGGUGACGAUUCUGGUGGAGAUGGUGAUUCAGAUGCAAAAGAAGCUCAAAGCCAUGCUUUUUCUCCAGAAUGUCAUAAUCUCAGUACGCAUAAAAUGCAUCCCUUUAAGCGAUGGACUGAUGAUAGAAUGUGUUUGGCCCUUCUUACCCCCGAACAUGACCAUAUGAUAAGCAGGCAGACAGAUGAUGAUGAUUACACUCUCUUGAAACGAACUCGUUCCAUUUUCUCUUUUUGUCUUAAUUCAACUUUUACUCUCAAUUCAGAGCUUAUUCAUUUUAGUUUACUUAGAAUCUUGGACUUGGGUACCACAAAGUUAAGAAGUUUCCCUCCACAUGUACUAUGUCUCAUUUGGUUGAGGUUCCUAGCAUUGUCCGGCUUCGGCGAGGAUUUUUACGUACCUCCAGAAAUUUACAGAUUAUGGAAUCUGCAAACGCUCAUUGUUAAAUGGCGUUGUCCUAGAUAUGAGACUUUUACGGAGAAAAUUUGGGAACUAAUGCAAUUAAGUCAGCUCAGACUACAUAAAUUUUAUUUGUCAAAUCCUCCAAGGGAAUCUGAUAACGAGGAGAGCUACUUGGCUUUUUCAAACAUACAUAGUAUUUCUGGCUUGUCUCCAAGUAGUUGCACAAAGGAGGUUAUUUCAGGGAUUCGGAAUGUUAAGAAGUUAGUAAUCCAUGGACAUGCCAAUGACUAUGAAAUCUUUCAAGAAUCUAGACUUUUCGACAAUCUUGUCCAUCUACAUCAACUUGAAACAUUGAGUUUUGAAUUUCGUAGGUGGGGCUCAUCAGAAAACUGGCGGAUUUCACCAGCGACUAUUCCAAGUGCAAAAGCUUUUCCAGUAACACUCAGGAAGUUAAAGCUGAAGUCAACUUAUGUAAGGUGGGAGGACUUGAACAUCGUAGGUGAGUUGCCUAACCUUGAGGUGCUGAAGUUGAUGUGGAAAGCUUGUAUUGGCGAAGAAUGGUAUCCAAUUGAAGGAGGAUUUACUCGAUUGAAGCUUUUGCUAAUUGAGCAUUGUGAUCUCAAGUACUGGAAAGCCACAGAUGACAAUUUUCCUGUCCUUGAGCGCCUCUUGUUUAGACAUUGCAGGUCCUUGGAAGAGAUACCCAUUGUCUUUGCAUAUAUUGACUCACUACAACUAAUUGAGUUAACCAACUGUACAACUGAACUCGAGGCUUCUGCUGUACGAAUUCAAGAAGAACAAGAAGAACUUGGAAUCAAACCCGUGGAUGUUCGUAUCUCAUGUAAGUAUAAUACUGGUAGCCGUACCCGCGCAAUGCGCGGUCAAUAUUAAAAUCAUUAUUAAAUUAACAGCUUGUUUGGAUGGUUGUUACCCAUUGUAUUGUAUCGUAUUGUUACGUUAAAUAUGAUGUUUG